CCACGUCUUACGGCCAAGGGAGAUGCCUGGAAUGGCUGCUAUAUAAUCUUCGAUCGAGAAACACUUCGCCACAAUCUGCCUUCACGUCCAAGCUAAAGGUCUAGCUCCUACUCCAAAGAUGGUCAGUGAAAAGUCUUCAGUGACGGUGGCAGUGCUCGUGGUGUCCCUGGCGGGCCUCGCCCUUGCCUCCGAGACCAGACAUUACGCCCCAGACACAGGUGUCCUUGGGGUCGUGGGCGGCCUCCAUGGUGCUGGGGUUGUGGGUGGCGUAGGACACGGCCUCAGUGAUGGAUUGGGACACGCUCUAGAUGCUGGACUGGGCCUCGGACACGGCCUGGAUUCCGCUGUCGGAGUGGGACACGGCGCGGCAUCUGGCUUCGGAGCGGGACUGGGCGUGGGUGCCGGCGUGGGCGCAGGAUACGCCAAGUGCAAGAACUGGUGCAAGGCCCCCACAGGCAAGUACGAGUGCUGCGACGACCUCAAGCCCGGCCACUGCCCUCCCGUCCGCCCCACAUGCCCCUCCGUCAGGAGCGUCCUUCCUCCCACGCCGUGCACUAACGACGCCUACUGCCCCGGCGCCGACAAGUGCUGCUUCGACACCUGCCUCGAGUACCGCACCUGCAAGCCCAUCAGCGCCUUCUACUGAGGCAACAAGCUCUAGUCCCAACGAGUUGCCGCAUCAUAACCUGCCAUCGUCGGUAUCACCAUUCACCAUUAACUGCAUCGCGUUCGAUAUAACAGAAUCAAUCAAUAAAGCUAUAUUUAUAUAUCUA